CACAUAUUUCAAUGACGUACUUCCCGAGCAUAGAAUUAUACUAUAUCUCUGAGUCUCUCGUUCCCGAUAAAGAACUUGGCGCUUUUAAUUUUUUGCUUUGUCGUCUCAUAAUUGCUAUAUUUUUUUAAAUUAAUACUUCGUUAUGCCACCGAAAAUGAAAUUCCAGGAAGGGGAGAAAGUGUUAUGUUUUCACGGGCCAUUACUUUAUGAAGCCAAGUGUGUAAAAUAUGAGGUGAAGGACAAACUUAUUAGGUAUUUUAUCCAUUAUAAUGGAUGGAACAAAAACUGGGAUGAAUGGGUACCAGAAGGAAGAGUUUUAAAAUGUAAUGAAGCUGGUCACCAGAAACAAAAAGAACUUCAAAAAGCACAUGCUGGAAAUACUAAGAGAGCUAAAGCAACAAAGAAAGAAAAAGACAAUGAUAAAGACAAAGCUAAAGAAAAGGAUAAGGACAAGGAAAAGGACACAAAUACGUCUGCGACAGAAAAAGAACCUGUAGUGAAAAAGCCCAGAGGUGCCCCAGUUCGAGCUUCAACACCUGUUCCAGAGUCUUCUAGUUCGACUGACUCCAAGAGGAAGCGUGUGAGAACAGCUGCUGAAUCUACAGUAGAAUCUGUAAGACCACGAAAAGUAAAUGAAGAAGCUUAUUUAUCAAAAAUAGAAGUAAAGAUAAAAAUACCAGAUGAAUUAAAACCUUGGUUAGUUGAUGAUUGGGAUUUAAUCUCAAGACAAAAAAUGUUGGUCUCAUUACCAUGUAAAUUGACAGUGGAUCAAAUUUUAGAUGAUUACAUCAAAGCAAAAACGACCAAAGGAAAUAAUCCAAAUAAAGAUGCAAUAUUAGAAGUAACAAAAGGUAUUCGUGAAUAUUUCACUGUCAUGUUAGGAACACAUCUAUUAUAUAAAUUUGAAAGACCACAAUAUAGAGAGAUUCUUACAGACCAUGCUGACAUGCCAGUAACAAACAUAUAUGGUGCUACACAUCUGCUUAGAUUAUUUGUAAAACUAGGAGGAAUGUUGGCCUAUACAGCUUUAGAUGAAAAAAGUGUGCAAUUACUUCUUACACAUAUACAUGAUUUUCUAAAAUAUUUACAUAAAAAUUCAUCAACAUUAUUCAACAUCAAAGAUUAUACAGUGGCUCCCCCGGAAUAUCACAGAAAGGCUAUCUAGACAUUUGUGUGAAAAUUAGAACUAAAUGAAAAUAAAGUUAAAAGUGUUUCUCAAUAACUAUGGACAGUAAUGGAUGAAUCCUGUAUAAUUUUAUGUUAUUGAUUGAACUAAACGUGUUAUAUAGUGAUCAUUGCUUUCAAAUGUGAAAACCUUUAUAAACAAUAUGCAUAGAGUAAUGGAGUGUUUUCACAUGUGACAUCAUACAUACAUAUAUGUACAUACAUCAUAUUCAAUUAAGGAUGAAUAAAUGGACUACUAUUGCAAAUUAUUGCAAUAAAAUUGAA